AUCAUAUAGGAGAACCUCUUUUGCUACUAUUUCUGUCGACCAACCUGAGAUUCAAGCCGCCAACAUAAACAAUUCUACCGCUGCCGCUUCCGAUCGACCUGCCCAUUCUUCCCGUUGCACUUCUAAAUCCGACACUGCUCCUCGAGUUCUUCCGCCGCCGCUGAACUUCCAGCACUGUUGCCGCAUCAAUCCAGAGCUCAAGAAUCAAGUUUCAGAAUUGAAGGAGCUACAGAUUAUCAUAUAACUGCAACAAAAAAGAAUAGAAGUAGCCCACGAUUAAAAUAAGAAGGAAGAACGUAAGAGCUUACCACAUCAAAAGUGGUAUAGCAUCUCCAAAAUAGUUAAGGAUCUUUAUUUUCAUAAUGGGGACAUCAUCAGACAAAAGUUGGAUGAAAUUGUAUCGAUUUGGUCCAGAGUAUAUUCAGGGGGUUCGAGAUUUUCUGAAUGUUGCAAAAGAUUUUGCUGAUUUGAAUGGGAGAGUUCGAUGUCCAUGCAAACAUUGUAGCAAUUGUUACUGGAAGCCAUUACUCGAAGUGAAGAGGGACUUAUUUCAACAUGGAAUUUUUUAGAACUACACACAUUGGGUGUAUCAUGGUGAGCCUUUUCAACCUGACAUAGUUGAUAAUCUUGCUAGUUUGGAUAAUAAUUCCAUGAAUGAAGUCGAGAAUAAUUUUAAUGAUGUUUCAGAAAUGUUAGAUGAUAUGUGUAAUGCUACUGUUAUGGAAAUUGAUAUGGAAGAGACACAUACUAAUCAAGAUAAUAACAUGCCAGAAGAAGAGGUAGAAAAAUUUGCUAAAUUGUGGAAUGAUUCUCACUGUGAACUAUACCCUGGUAGUCAAUAUUCGAAGCUAUCUUUUCUUCUUAAGAUGAUUAAUAUUAAAGCACUUACUAAUUCUAGUAAUAAAUCAUUUACUAUGAAUUUGGAGUUGUUUAAGGAUGCACUGCCAAAGGGUGAAACUCUUCCAAGCUCAAAUUAUGAGAUGAAAAAAUUGAUGCGCGAUCUAGGUCUUGGUUAUGUAAAGAUUGAUGCUUGUAUAAAUGAUUGUGUACUAUUUUGGAAGGAAAAUGAAAAUCUUGAUAGGUGUCCUAAUCCAGCUUGUAAGGCUCCUAGAUGGAAAUCAGGGUUGGGAAAACACAAGAAGAUUGCUCAAAAAGUUCUUAGGCACUUUCCCUUAGUACCUAGACUUCAGAGAUUGUUUAUGUCUAAAGAUAUUGGUGAAGAUAUGAGGUGGCAUAAGGAGAAACGUGUAGAUGAUGAGAUGAUUAGACAUCCAGCUGAUGCUAUGGAAUGGAAAGAUUUUGACAAUCAACAUGAUUGGUUUGCUAAAGAUGCUCGUAACGUGCGCCUUGGUCUUGCUAGUGAUGGAUUUAACCCUUUUGGAAAUAUGAGCACAAAUUAUAGCAUGUGGCCUGUGAUUGUGACGCCAUAUAAUUUACCACCAUGGAAAUGCAUGAAGGAGAAUUUUUUGAUGUUAUCUUUGCUUAUCCCAGGUAAGGAAUCUCCCGGAAAUAAUAUAGAUGUAUACUUAAGACCAUUAAUUGAUGAGUUAAAAGAAUUAUGGGAGACUGGUGUGCCAACAUAUGAUGCAUAUAGCGGUAAAAAAAUUUAAUUGCAUGCUGCAUUGUUAUGGACAAUAAAUGAUUUUCCAGCGUAUGGAAUGUUAUCUGGAUGGAGCACAAAAGGAAAAUUAGCAUGCCCUGUGUGUAAUAAGUGGACUUGUUUGCUAACUUUGAAAAAUGGAAGGAAGCAAUGUUAUAUGGGUCAUCAUAGAUACUUACAUUCUCAACAUUCUUGGAGAAAAAAUAAGAAAUUUGAUGGAAAACUCGAGCGCAGGUCGAAGCUUGAAGAAUUGACAGGAGAUGAAGUUCUAAGACAAUUUGAAUUUGUUCCAAAAGAUUUGGUAUUUGGGAAGACACCUAAUAGAAAAAAGCGUGUACGCAGUCCACAAGAGCUCAAUUGGACAAAAAGAAGUAUAUUCUUUGAAUUGCCUUACUAGAAAACAUUAAAAUUACGUCAUAAUUUAGAUGUAAUGCAUAUAGAGAAGAAUAUAUGUGAAAAUAUCUUGGGGACAUCGAUGAAUAUUGAUGGAAAAUCAAAGGAUAAUAUUAAGGCUCGGAUGGAUUUAAAAGCUAUGGGUAUAAGAAAAGAGUUACAUUUACAGCCAAAAGGUAAUAAAUUUCUAAUGCCUCUUGCUUGUUAUACAUUACCGACGCUAGAGAGGAGAAAGUUUUGUGAAUGGAUGAAAUCAAUAAAGUUGCCAGACGGAUAUACUUCAAACCUUUCUCGAUGUGUAAAUGUUGAAGAUUGUAAAAUUUUGGGAAUGAAAAGCCAUGAUUAUCAGGUAUUCAUGCAACGAUUACUUCCAGCAGCAAUUUGUGGGUCUUUACGUAGUGAGGUGUACAUUGCAUUAUCAGAGUUGAGUUCUUUUUUUAAGGAAUUGUGUUCAAAGACUUUAAUAAAAUCCACAAUCAAAAAGUUGCAGAGUGAUAUCGUUUUGAUAUUAUGCAAGCUUGAGAUGAUAUAUCCUCCGUCAUUUUUUGUAAUUAUGAUGCAUCUUGCAAUUCAUCUACCACGUGAAGUUGAAUUAGGAGGACCAGUUCAUUAUCGGUGGAUGUACUUUAUUGAGAGAUUCUUAGGGACUUUGAAAAAUUUUGUACGUAAUUUAGCUCGACCAGAGGGUUCAAUUGCUGAACCAUAUAUCACUAAGGAAUGCUUGAACUUUUGCUCAUUAUAUUUUCAUGGAGUUGAGACAAGAUACAAUCGAGUUGAGAGAAACUAUGAUAUGGCUAUGCAAGUAGGGGUGCAUGAUGGUUUUUCUGUAUUUGCCCAUAAUGCAAGGCCUUUAGGGGCUGUAAUGUACGAAAAAUUAUCCCAUUCCGAUUUUGAAAAGAUAUUAUGGUACGUGCUUAAUAACUGCGAGAAUAUAGAGGAAUAUCUCAAGUAAGUUACUUUUUUUUUA